UCUCUCUCUCUCAAAAAUCGGUCACCGUACUUUUUCUCUCUCCAGAAUCAUUCUAAAGCCAGAGUCUCUCUCUCCUGUUUCUCUCCAAAAUCACACUCUUCAUCACUCUCCCUCUCUCUCUCUAAAACCAGUUCACCACUGUUGACUCUCUCUAUGAAGAGCUCACAUUCACAUUCUUCUUACUCUACUCUCUCUUCGUCGGUUCACCAAUCUCUUUGAUUUCACCUUUGAUUCGUAUUUGUUGCAGUUAGGGUCAGGGUUAGUGUUUGUAAUGGAUCGGAAGCAAGGGUUCUUCGCGGCGUUGAAGGAGGAGGUGGUGAGGGGGCUUUCUCCGGCGAGGUCGCGGGCGAAGAGUCCGGGGAGGGCGGGGUCGCCGAUGUCGGGGCUGUUACGGAGGAGGAAGCAGAGCCACAACCAGUACGUGGCAAAUCCGGAGCCGCUGAUUUCGAGAUCGGGGAGUUUGAGGCCGGUGGUGGGGGAGACUUUGACGCCAUUGAUGGAGGGUCCGGAUCCAGACGGCAGCGAAAUCGGUGAGUCGAAGCGGAGUGGCUUAGGCUUAGGGCAUUGGAUGAAGGGACAGCUGUCCAGGACUCCGUCUGUGACUUCUGCGGCGUACAGGAGGUCUGAUCUCAGGCUGUUGCUUGGGGUGAUGGGCGCUCCUCUCGCCCCGGUGCACGUUAGCACCACUGACCCUUUGCCUCACCUGAGCAUCAAGGACACUCCCAUUGAAACUUCUUCUGCCCAGUACAUAUUGCAGCAAUACACAGCUGCCUCUGGAGGGCAAAAACUGCAGAACUCAAUUCGAAAUGCUUAUGCCAUGGGAAAGGUGAAGAUGAUAGCUUCUGAGUUUGAGACUGCAACUAGGGUUUUGAAGAACCGGAAUGCCUCAAAAGAUGCAGAUUCAGGUGGGUUUGUGCUCUGGCAGAUGAAUCCAGACAUGUGGUAUGUUGAACUUGCAGUUGGGGGUAGCAAGGUUCAUGCUGGCUGCAAUGGCAAGCUUGUCUGGAGGCACACACCCUGGCUGGGAGCGCAUUCUGCAAAGGGCCCUGUUAGGCCGUUGCGUCGAGCUCUUCAGGGCCUUGAUCCAAGAACCACCGCUAGUAUGUUUGCUGAUGCAAGAUGCAUUGGAGAAAAGAAGAUCAAUGGUGAGGAUUGCUUUAUCCUCAAGCUAUGUGCUGACCCUCAGACAUUGAAGGCCAGGAGUGAAGGCCCAGCAGAGAUCAUAAGACAUGUUUUGUUUGGCUACUUCAGCCAGAAAACGGGUCUUCUUGUUCACAUGGAGGAUUCCCAUCUUACCCGCAUCCAAUCCAAUGGUGGAGAUGCUGUUUACUGGGAAACCACAAUCAAUUCAUUCCUGGAAGAUUAUAGGCCAGUUGAAGGGAUCAUGAUAGCUCACUCUGGGCGGUCAAUAGUGACCCUUUUCAGGUUUGGAGAGAUGGCAAUGAGCCAUACCAAGACCAGGAUGGAAGAAACUUGGACAAUUGAAGAGGUGGCAUUCAAUGUUCCUGGCCUUUCAGUGGACUGUUUCAUCCCUCCAGCUGACUUAAGAUCAGGGUCCAUUAGUGAAGCCUGUGAACUCCCUCAUGAAGAAAGAGGAAAGAGCUCAGUCUCCCUAGCAGCACACCGUGCCAAAGUUGCUGCGCUGGAGAAAACGCAUGAUGGUGGCAUUGAUAAUGUGAUUUGGAGGAUGGAAGUCUAACAAAGGGGUAGGAUUAAAUUAGGGCAAUUGUUUAUAUUGGUAGCUAGUUUUAAUUUACUAACAGAUUAGAUGGUAAAGUUACAGAGUAGGUGCUAAGUUGAUCGAGGGCUUUUGGAAGUUGCGGUAUGCCUCUAUUAAUCUGUAAAUAGAGCAUAAUCAUUCACAGGUUCCACCUGGGCCUCGAUGAAUCUUUAUACUCUCAAUGCAGGAUCCAGCUAUGGAGUUGGAGCUCGAUUUUCCAAUUAGGGAUAGAGCAAGUGGAGGUUUUGUUUUUUAGUUUACCUUCCAUGCAUGAAGGUGGUGAAGCUUUGGUAUAGCAGAUCCAUUAAAACCUUUUUAUGAUUCUACUAAUUCUCUUUGUCUAAAUGAAUACGGUUGUGGUAGCGACAAAAACUCUGCUACCAUCAUCCUAAAUGGGUUUGACACUAAUAUCUUAGUCCUUUAAUUCUACUGUUCAUGGAUGUGCUAGUCCUGGUGUGGUUGUUUGAUGUUAUAGUUCUUGGUUUGGGAAGUAAAAAGGAUUUCUUCAGAUCUGAGGGAAGAAAGGCAGGCAGGGUAAAAGAAGAAAAAACUCUGUAGUGUUUGUUUUUUAUUUUUGAUAGACUCUGCCACAAAAAUAUGUCUGAUAUGGGGUUUCUGGUUGUAGUGUGGCAUAUUGUCAGUGCUGCCAAGAAAAGAUGUAAACAGGACAUUGUGUCCGUCACAUAUUGAAUGCUUAUGAAUGUAGAGAUAAGCAUCUCUUCCUUUUGGA